CUUGAUCAGGUCGCUAACUAGACUGAUAAGAAGAAUUGGGCGCUUAUCGCUCUGCCACGUGACCGUCUAGCGGAUGACAUAAGCACGCACCGGAAAGUUUCCCCUCCACCCCGCCGAUAAGUCCAUUCCUUUGUCGUUCAGUACCGUCACCACGCGAUCAAUCCCCCGCUAUUCUCGAUUCACUGCCCAAUCGCCCAUCAUGACGGACGCUGUCGUUGAAGCGACGGCCAAGCUUCAGCUCGAUGAGGAGACCGGUGAGAUGGUCUCCAAGGGCGAGCUUAAGAAGCGGUUGCAGAAGCGUGCCAAAAAGGCGGCGAAGGCGGCCAACGCGGCCGCUGCUCCCAAGCAGGCCGCGCCCACCCCCAAGCCUGCGGCCACCCCCAAGCCCGAGGAGGAGCAGAUCGACCCGGAUGCCAUGUUCAAGCAGGGCUUCUUGGCUGCCGUCUAUAAGGAGCGGCCCGUGGUGCCGUUGACGCGCUUCCCCCCGGAGCCCAAUGGAUACUUGCAUCUGGGCCAUGCGAAGGCGAUCGCUGUGAACUUUGGGUUCGCUAGACACUAUGGUGGAAAGACGAUUCUUAGAUUCGAUGACACCAACCCCGAGGCCGAGGAGGAGAAAUACUUUGUGGCGAUUGAGGAGAUCAUCCAGUGGCUAGGCUUUAAGCCCGCUGCUAUCACCCACUCGAGUGACAAUUUCCAGAAGCUCUACGACCAGGCCGAGAGGUUGAUCCAGAUGGGCAGAGCGUACGUCUGCCACUGCAGUGACACUGAGAUCAAGCUUCAGCGCGGAGGAGAGAAUCACGGCCCGAGAUACCGGUGCAAGCACGCCGAGCAGGAUGUCGAGACGAACCUCCAGAAGUUCCGGGACAUGAAGGCUGGCAAAUACGAGCCCCAGACGGCUUUUCUCCGCAUGCUCCAGGACAUCGAGGACCCCAACCCUCAGAUGUGGGAUCUGGCCGCAUACCGUAUUCUCAAGCAGGAGCACUUCCGCACCAAGAACGAGUGGUGCAUCUACCCCACCUACGAUUUUGCCCACUGUUUGUGUGAUAGCUUCGAGAACAUCACGCACAGUCUCUGCACGACCGAGUUCCAGCUUUCCCGCACUUCCUACGAGUGGCUCAACAGCACCCUGGGCGUGUACGAGCCCAUGCAGCGUGAAUAUGGUCGCUUGAAUGUCAGUGGCACUGUCAUGUCGAAGCGCAAGCUGAAGAAGCUGGUGGAUGAUGGCUAUGUCCGUGGUUGGGACGAUCCCCGCCUGUACACCUUGAUCGCUCUGCGCCGCCGUGGUGUGCCCCCUGAAGCGAUUCUCUCCUUCAUUAAUGAGCUCGGUGUCACCACUGCUCUGAGUCUUAUCAAGAUUUCGCGUUUCGAGCAGACUGUUCGGACAUACCUGGAGAGCCGUGUGCCCCGAUUGAUGCUUGUCAUUGACCCUGUUGCAGUGGUCAUUGAGGACUUUGAGACGGUCGAGGAUGGCCAGCUCAACUGCGACAUUCCCUUCUCCCCGAAGAACCCUGCCAUGGGUACUCAUGAGAUCCGCCUGACCAAAACGAUCUACAUUGAUCGGUCUGAUUUCCGCGAGGAGGAUGCCAAGGGCUACUUCCGUCUGGCCCCGGGCAAGAGCGUCGGUCUCUGGCGGGCACCCUACCCCGUCAAGGCCACCACCUUCACCAAGGAUGCCGAUGGAAAGGUCACCGAGAUCCGGGCGGUUUGGGAUAAGGAGGGCGGCAAGCCUAAGACCUACAUCCAGUGGGUCCCUGAUAACUCGCGCAAGGUGGAGGUCCGGAUUCACGACCCUCUCUUCAAGUCGGAGGACCCCGGUGCUGCUGAGGGCGGUUUCCUGAAUGAUAUUAACCCUAACAGCGAGACUAUCUAUAAGGAUGCUCUGAUUGAGGCGGGCUUCGAUGAGGUCCGUCGGAGAGCUCCCUGGCCGGAGGCGGCCGGUGAGAAGGAGAAGGGCAAGAGUGGACCGGAGAGUGUCCGAUUCCAGGGCAUGCGCGUUGCUUAUUUCGCUGUUGAUUCGGAUUCUACGGAAGACCGUGUUGUAUUGAACCGCAUCGUCUCCUUGAAGCAGGAUGUUGGCCGCAACUAGACGCGAGAAAGUCUUCUCGAGCCCGUGAGACAUGUGGAGCGGCGCUGCCGGAUGUUCUCAGGUGCAGAGUCAUCAGACUGCAUGAGUUUGAUUGUCUAUAGUACCUGCAUGAUGGAUUGGAGCUAGUAGUAACCCUGCAGAAACGCGGGCGCACGACUGGGUCAGAAGCCUAGAUUAGAGAAUGGGUGUGAUUUUAGCGAAAUGAUUCUUAUGCAGAGAGGAGGAGUGCCAAGGUGUAGAUAAGGUACCGUGCAGGAGUUGAAUAAUUGGAAUGGAUAUCAUGGAGG